CUGGUAGGUCCUGGGUUUGAAUCUCGCGGGUGCCGGAUCAUGGAUGCGCAUUGCUGAGGAGUCCUAUAAUAGGACAAAAUGUCAAUUCUCACAUCCAAUAAAAGCACUUUAUUGUAUUGCGAUUUGAACGAAUCAAAUUACAAAGCUGAACCAUUUACAGCCAAUUAAAAAUACUAUUACAAGGGGACAAAAUUUUUGUUCACUUUCAGUUGGGCACACACCAUCAAAAACAAGUUCACCAAUCACCAAUUGCUGAAUGUUUUUUUUCAAAUCCUUCAUUUACGAAAAAAGGGUGGUAAGCGAUAAUACGUGCCAUGAUAUUAAUGUCAAUCCCCUCUAUCUAUCUAUCUAUCUAUUUAUCUAUCCAUCUAUCUAUCCACCUCUCUCUCUCUCUCACUCAAUGCGUAUAUAUACAUAUAUACGUUAAGAACAGACAUAUUAGACGAGUAUUUCAUUCGACAUAUCCAUAUUACAGUUUAUCUAUAAUGAUCGAAUCUUCAACAACAAUCCAAGUUAUCUCAGCUGGUCUACCAAGAACUGGAACUAAGAGUUUAAAAAAAGCUUUAGAAAUCAUUUAUCAUAAACCAUGUUAUCAUAUGUUUGAAAUUAUAUUUAAUAAACAAUCAGAUAUAGUGAAAUGGCAAAACCUCAUUGAUGAUAGUCAUAUGAUAACAACACCAUCAACAGCAACAACAACAACAACAACCAUGGAAAUAUAUGAUAAAUUAAAAGAAUUAUUAGAUGGUUACAUAGCAACUACGGAUUUACCAACAUGUGGUUUCUAUAAAUAUUUAAUGAAUAUAUAUCCCAAUGCUAAAGUUCUAUUAACAAUACGUGAUAAAUAUGAUUGGUUACAUAGUUUGCGUAAAGUAGUAUUACCCAAAUCAAAUGAUCCAUGGAAACUAAAAAUUGAAGAAGGUGAUAAAGUCUUAGGACUUAAUUCAGAUUUCUACAAAUUGUCUGAAGAUUCAUUAAAGUUUGCAUUUCAAAAAGAUGAUCUUGAUUUAGAUGAUGAUCAAGUACUCCUUGAAUGUUAUGAUGAAUAUAAUAGAUUGGUACAAGAAACUGUACCAUCAGAUCGUCUUCUAGUACUUCGUCUUGGUGAUGGUUGGGAACCAUUAUGUAAGUUCUUGAAUGUGGAGAUACCCAAUGGAAUAGCAUACCCUUGUGUGAAUUCACAUCAUCGGAUGACACAAUUAACAGAACAAUUAAUUAAACAUCAAUCGUUAGAUGCAAUCAUACACAUGUUCCCCGAUUUGAUAUAAGAUGAUCAUGGAAACAAUAUCCAAUACAUUUAACUUUCAUAAUCAAAUAUUGAUAUUCAUCGAUGUUAACUGAAAUAAAGUAAUUCAAUUUGUAAAGGUAUUUUGAUGAUAUUUUUUAUUAGAAUGGGGAUUUGUGGAUUGGUUGAAGUUAGAC